CGCCUCCACAGAGGCAUAAAGCAGCCUUCCUGGUGAGGGACAGCCAUUCUGUCAACCUACAGACACAGCGAGCUCUGGGCCCUCCCUCCACACCCAGCUGCCGGAUAGGACCCAGCAUCUCUCCCUCCCUGAGACAAUGACAAUGUUUGAGAAUGUCACUCGGGCCCUGGCUAGACAGCUGAACCCUCCAGGGGAUCUGACACCCCUAGACAGCCUCAUCGACUUCAAACGUUUCCAUCCCUUCUGCCUGGUGCUGAGGAAGAGGAAGAGCACGCUCUUCUGGGGGGCCCGCUAUGUGCGCACCGACUACACACUCCUGGAUGUGCUGGAGCCCGGCAGCUCUCCCUCAGAUCCUACAGAUAGUGGGAACUUUAGCUUUAAGAACAUGCUGGAUGCCCGAGUCGAGGGAGACGUGGAUGUGCCAAAGACAGUGAAGGUGAAGGGGACCGCAGGCCUGUCACGGAGCAGCACACUGGAGGUCCAGACACUCAGUGUGGCUCCCAAGGCUCUGGAGAGCUUGCACAAGGAGAGGAAACUGGCAGCAGAUCACCCGUUCCUGAAGGAGAUGCGGGAUCUCGGGGAGAAUCUGUACGUGGUGAUGGAGGUGGUGGAAACCGUGCAGGAGGUCACUCUGGAGAGAGCUGGCAAGGCAGAGGGCUGCUUCUCCCUCCCGUUCUUUGCCCCGCUGGGACUGCAGGGAUCUGUGAACCACAAAGAGGCUGUAACCAUCCCCAAGGGCUGUGUCCUGGCCUUCCGAGUGAGACAGCUGAUGGUCAAUGGCAAAGAUGAGUGGGACAUUCCACACAUCUGCAAUGACAGCAUGCAAACCUUCCCUCCAGGAGAAAAGCCUGGAGAAGAGAAGUUCAUAUUUAUCCAGGCAUCUGAUGUUGGGGAGAUGCACGAAGACUUCAAGACAUUAAAAGAAGAGGUUCAGAGAGAGACUCGAGAAGUGGAGAAGUUGAGUCAAGUGGGGCAGAACUCCCUGCUCAGCUCCGUCAGCAAUCUCCUAGGAAAGAAAAAGGAGCUCCAAGACCUGGAACAGACGCUUGAAGGGGCUCUAGACAAGGGACAUGAAGUGACCCUGGAAGCACUCCCCAAAGAUGUCCUGCUGUCAAAGGAUGCCAUGGGCGCAGUCCUCUAUUUCCUUGGGGCUCUAACAGUGCUAAGUGAAGCCCAACAGAAGCUUCUAGUAAAAUCCUUGGAGAAAAAGCUCCUCCCAGUGCAACUGAAGCUGGUUGAAAGCACCAUGGAACAGAACUUCCUGCAAGAUAAAGAGGGUGUUUUCCCCCUAAGGCCUGACCUGCUCUCCUCCCUCGGGGAGGAGGAACUGACCCUCACAGAAGCCCUAGUGGGGCUGAGCGGCCUGGAAGUCCAGAGAUCAGGCCCCCAGUACAUGUGGGAUCCUGACACUCUCCCGCGCCUCUGUGCCCUCUACGCUGGUCUCUCCUUCCUUCAGCUACUGAGCAAGGCUUGCUAAUGGCCUUUCUUGCUAAGUCCAUCUCCCGAUACUUACUUAAAGCCUAAAGAUACAGAAUCUUUUAAUCAAACUCUUUGCAAAUUUAAGCCAUUUCAAUAAGAAAAACAAACAAGCAAACAAACAUCAAUUUCUUAGUGGAAUCCUUCCUACUUCUGCCUCAAAAAAAAAAAAAAAGCUAUCCUUACUGGAAUGAAUGAAAAAAAAUGAUGUAGAUCCUA